AUAUUAUCGUACAACGUAUGUGUAUGCGCUAUACAUACGGGCGGCCAGGUGCGCGAGGCGCGUAUACCGUUGAAUCGUGCGUCGACGAUCGGGUGAGAUUGCCGUUGGGUGAGAUCGUUGCGUAGCUCUGUUAUGAGAUUACCACGGGGUCGGGGGAGAUCCGCCGCGCGGUUGCGUCGCCGAUCGGUGUCGGCGUGCCUCGCGGUCUGACGUCGGGUUCCCGGUCCUGGCGCGCGAACCGACUUCCAUCCAUCAGCUCGUGCCACUUGGCGUGCGUCGCGCGUAAGAGAGAAAGAGAGAGGGAGAGGCGAGAGCGUACGGCGUACGUUGUUCGUACGUCCGUGACGCGGGUCGGCGCGGAUCUUCGACAACGCGAGGAGAAGGAAAGAGUUAGCGGACGGAGGAGGAACAGAGCGGCGGCAGAGGUAGAAGAGGAUUAUCGUCGUCGCGGUCGUCGUCGCCGUCAAGAUGCCGCUGCUCCGCAAACAGCCGUUCCAACGGCUUCACGUCUCCUCGGACUUCAGAGACGACGACGAGGUGUAUCAUUGCGAGGUUACGAACGAGAUAUUCAAGAAUUAUACUGAAUUUUGCGAGCGGAUUAUCUUAUGCAACUCCCUUAUAUGGUCGUGCAGCAUUACAGGUAAGACUAACAUGACAUUUGAGGAAGCUGUACAAUGCGAAGAAAAUGCAAAGAGGAGCUUAAAGGAAUUUCCAAUGGAGCUGCGAAUUCCUAUAUUGUAUCUUGCUAGUAAAACAAAUAGAUCCUCUUUCAAUGAGAUGAUCGAAGACGUUUAUCAGUUUGCGAGAGAUCGCUAUUUUGUAGGAGAAAUGGUAGAAGCUAGCUUUACUGAAGACGCUUGGUGCAACUGCCAUGUUCUUCAAGUUAUUGUACCUACAGAACAGCAGAUUAAGGCAUAUAUGAAUGAAAAUGGCAGAAGUCCACAAGAACAUUAUUAUCAUCCACCAGCAAAAUUAUUUCGUUAUGAAGUGGAGCAAUUAGAUUCUGGGGAUUCCGAUGUCAGUCAGAUUAUGAUCGUAGAAGCAUCUCAGGUCAGAAGACGAAAGCAACAUUACAGUAGAGAUCGUAAUAAAAUAUUUCUUCGUCAACUGUGCGAACAAAAUGAGAGUGGUAUAUGGGUUGUUAAGGAAAGCGUUUUGGAAAAAUACGGAAUUAACAAAGUACGUUUUGAUACCAUAUUUGCUGGAACACUCCCAGAUUUUACAGUGCGCAUAAAGAAAUCUGUCAAGCAGAAACAGGAAUCCAUGGAUAAAUUUCUCACCUCAAAUGUAUCGAAACAAAAAACACUCGAAAAAGCAGAUCCUCUGAGGAAGGUGAAUGAUACUGGUGUGAAGAAAUUUCGGAAACCAAGAAUGAAUGGCAAAUUUAAAGAGGAACUUAAAGCAAAAGCUUUGGAAGAAAAAGCAAAACGUAAAGAAGAAAGGGUGUUAAAGAGCGAGCGUAAAAAAGAGAAAAAACAAAAAUUAGCAGCUUUAACUGCAUAUAUGAAACAAUGGAACAAGCCGAGGGAAGAUCUUGAGUGUGAAGAUCUUAGUCUUAUUUCAGAACCUACUGUUAUUAAAUGCAACAUACCAAAUGAGAAAUUUGGAGAAUUUGCUAUGAUAUUGGAAUUUCUUGAUUUUUUUAAUGAAGAGUUAGAGGUAUUUGUAUAUUUUCCAGGAAGCUUUAAUCUGGAAUUAUUAGAGAAGGCAUUAUUGACCAAAGAAAUAUCUGGUCCUUGGAGUGAUCUUUUACAAUUAUUGUUAUCAAACAUAUUUAAAUAUCAAGCUGGAGAAGACAAUGAAAUUGAUGCACAAGCAUCUACAUUAUUGGAUGAUAUUAGUACUUAUGAAGAUGCAUCAUCGAUGACAAAGGCUAUUAAACUUGCUACAGUGGCUUCUAGAUGGUGUCCGACUUAUCAGGGAUGCAAAUUAUCAGAACUUACAUUGGAUCAUGUAACUUUGAGCGAGAUUUUGAGGCAACAUUUAUUAAGUUCCGGAGGACGUAUAAGCGAAGCCGCUUCGAAAUGGCGAUAUUCUCAAAAAGGUGGCUAUACAAAUUUUGAUGAACCAGCGCUUCUUCUGAGGAUAAAUGAAAGUUAUCUAUUGCGAUUGUUAGGUCACCGAAAUGUCUGUGAAUUUGAUUUAGAUGAUAAAAUAAAAGUCGUCACAUGUCUGAUCAAUCAGUUGCUUACAUUUGCAUCGAUACGCGAUGCAAUUGAAGAGCGAUUCGAUAAAUUACAUCAAGCAAAAAGAGAAUUAAAGUUAUUCUUGCUUGCUGAACAGAAAAAGGAAAAAGAAGAAAAAGAAAAGAUGCGAGAACGUGAGAAGGAAGGAAAACUCGAGGAAGAAGAGCCGAAACCGAAAAAGAUUACGCGUGGUAAUUAUGAGGAAGAAAAGAAAAAAGAAGAAUAUGAAAAUAAACUAAAAGAACUACAACAAGCAUCGAGGGAUGAUAAGAUGAUGCUUUAUCUCGGAGCAGACAGAGCUCAUCGAAGAUAUUGGAAGUUUAGAUCUAUACCAGGAGUAUUUGUAGAAAAUGAUGAACAUUGGCCUGGAAGUUGUCUUCCUGAAGGUACUCCACAUCAUCCAGAGUUGCAAGAUAAAGAGGCAACUUACGCAUAUCUAAAAAAUAAAUUUGAAGAUGAAUUUAGCGAUAAAGAGAAUAGUUUUAAAAAAUUGAAAAAGUCGCCCAAGAAGCUUUUAUCCUCAGAUAAAAAUGGCAUCAAAUCACCACGGAAAGAAACAAACCCUCGCAAAGAAUUUAAGCAGGAUCUCACCAACAUUAAAAGAAAUUUGAUAUUAUGUACAGGAGAUAAAGAUUGUCCUGUUCAUUGUAAGAGAUCACCAGUAAAAUGGAGCUUUUAUGGCAAUCGAGAGGAUAUUCAAGCACUAAUAGAUAGUUUAAGCACAAGAGGUAUUAGAGAGAGCGAGCUUAGAAAUAACCUUUUACAAGAGAUGGAUAAUUUGCUUCUUAUUAUCGAUGAAUGUCCUAAAUAUAGAUUAAAUCCUGAAGUUUUUUCAGAAUUAAAUAAAGGGCAAAUUAAUAAGGCAGUUAAGAAAAAUAAAUAUGAAAACGUAAACUUAAAUUUUCCUCCUGAUAUGCCAAUCGACGACGUAUUGGAGUUGACUUUGAGAGAUCAUAUUUUGGAUUUUGAAGAUAAGAUCAACGCAGGUUGUUUAGGAUGCCUUAAGAUUGCCGAUCGAGCUCUUUGGAGGAAGGCGAUCGAUCAAAGAAGUUAUGAUAAACAGUGUGACAAAUUGCUAUGUGCUGGUAGUGAAAUAGAUAUCGAUAUGCCUCCUAAUGCUCUAUUAGACAAAAUAAAGAACGAAUCUAAACACAGUAGACCCGGUACUCCUGACUCCGAGGUUGGAAGUAUCAAUAUAAAAACUUAUAAAGAUCCAGGAAUAUAUUUAGGUCUACCUGGUGAUGAUGAAAUGGUUCCCGAUCAAAAGCAACAAGCACUUAUUAAACAAUUAGCUUGUGCCAUUUUACAGUUGUCUCAAGCUAUAGAACAGAGAUACUUACAAAGACCAUUGGGGCCCGAUCAAAAGGAUAAAAAAUGGUCGGGUGAAGAGGCACGAGAGAGAUGGGAACAAUCAUUAUUAGCAUCUACAAACUGGUCUCAAUUGUUUGUUCAUUUAAGUACUUUACACAAUAGCGUCGCGUGGGACAGAAGCGCGUUAAACGCUCAGUGUCGUAUAUGUCGAAGACGUAGGGAUGCGGAGAACAUGUUGCUUUGCGACGGAUGUAAUAGAGGGCAUCAUCUCUAUUGCCUGAAACCGAAACUUACAGCUGUACCAGCGGGAGAUUGGUUUUGUACAGCAUGUAAGCCACCAGAGAUAAAACCUAAAGAGAAAACUCAAAAACGAAAGAGAUUUGAAGAUGAGAUUGAAGAUGAGACGAUAUUGACCAAAGAGACGCGACACAAUCGCGCGAAACGCUUAACAUAUAGCGAUGAUGAAAGCGAUCAAGAGGAUCAAGAUGAUGAAGAAAGCGAGGAUGAUAUAAACGUGCGACUAGAAAACCUAUGCGUGUCAUGUGAAAGCGGUGGAAAAUUAAUUGCUUGCGACACGUGUUCAAAUCGUUAUCACUUAGAAUGCAUAGAACCGCCAUUGUCAAGAGCUCCUCGAGGAAGAUGGUCUUGCCCCAAAUGCAAAGAAAAAAGAAGGAACGCAACAAAAGUGAGGGGGCGCGAGAGGGAAAGAGACAAGGAGAGACUGUGCGCAGCAGCAGCACGCUCUCGCAUCCAUGGCUUUGCCAAGAGCCUCCUCACUACAGAAUCUACAGACUGGGACGAUAGCAGUGCAUCGGAUGACACUGAACCAAGACAAACGCGACGUGCGACAAAAAGAGCCGCUGAGAUGGAACAUGAAGAAGACAAGAAUUCAAUUAAAGGAUCCAUGACUAGAUUGCAAGAAUUAUUAACUGAUGUUUGGCAUCACAAAGAUUCGUGGCCAUUUUUGUCGCCCGUUACAAAAGAAGAAGUUCCAGACUACCACGAUAUUAUCUCUAAUCCGAUGGAUUUUGGAACUAUUAAGUAUAAACUUAAUAACGGCAACUACGAGACACUAGAUAAAUUCUUUAGCGACUGCCAAUUGGUUUUCGAAAACUGUGGAUUAUACAACAAAGAAAAUAGUUCUGUGUACAAUUACGUGUACAGUGCAGGUAUGCGAUUACGCAAGUACUUCGAGAAACGUUGCAAGGAAUUAGGUUUGAAUUUUGAUGAAACGCUUUUUCAAGAGGAACCCAAGAUCAAGAGGUCGAGAUUAGAUAGCGAUGAUGUUAAAGAGAACGGCGCAUCGGAAAGUGAAGAUGAUGAAAGAGAGAUACAGAAAAGAAGAUAGAAUGAAAAAAAUUAGUUGUAUACAUAUACAUAUAUAUAUAUAUUUGGUUAUGAUGUAUACUCAUAAAAUUUAAAUCUAAAGCCGCUCAUAUUUUAUAUAUUUUGAACUCAGCAUAUAUGGACUUACGUACCGAUAUUGAGCGGUUGGAAGAUUCUGUAUGUAGCUCAAAAUGUAAAUUAUAUAUACUUUAAUUCUUUCGAGUAAUAUAAAAUUACGACAAAUUCAGGAGAUAGUACAACUAUAAGAUCAUAUUCUGCAGAGAAUCACUGAUACAAAUAUACGAGGAAAAAGAUUUUUUUCACUUCACAAUCAACUUUUUCGAAGCUUUUGUAAUAAAGACAUUACGCAGUAUUAUUUGCAGGAAUGCAUAUACAUAAUCACACUACAUAUACUUUUAGAUGUAUGCAUAGAACAUUUUGAAAUGUCUACAACUGUUUAGCUCCAUUUGCUUCGAUCAGUACAAGGAUAGCACUAUUUUCUCUAUAGAUGUGAAUGAAAAAAGAUGCUCGAUAUAUUCUUGCAUCGACAAAUUAUUUAUUAUUUUAAUAUUCGCGUAAAAUGGCAACAUAUAUAUACUCAUUGCCGUAGUUAUAUUUAAGAAUUGACUGUAUACGUGAUAAUCACUACUAAUUUUGCUUUUCUUGAAAUCAUCUAUACGCGAGCUUUAAUAAUAGAAUACGAGCACGGCUUUAAAGAAACUGCGUAAGUUAUAAAAGCAUCAUCCAUAAAUUUAUGUUUGUAGAUCCAGACAAUAAAAUUGGAUACUUUUGUACUGCACGUUGUGUAAUUAUCAUCAACCAAGGAUUAUUUAUUUUGUAAUGUUUACAGAAUAAGUUUCAAUUUGUUGAAAAAUUUCUGUUAAUAGUACUUACUUUUUUCUUUUAUGUAUUUAAAAUUUUUAAGAUUUAUAUAUCAAUUAUGGUACAAAGUAUCGACUGUAUUCCUAAAUGAUUAUAAAAGUAUUAUCUUAGUUAUCUGU